AUGAAGCUUCUGGUUUUGGCUCUGUUUAUUGCUGGUGCCUACGGGUGUGGCUUGCCCACCUUCCGCCCUGUGGUGACCAGGGUGGUUGGAGGAGAAGAUGCCAGGCCCAACAGCUGGCCCUGGCAGAUUUCCCUGCAGUACAACAACCAGGGCGAGUGGAGACACACCUGUGGAGGUACUCUGAUCUCUAAUCAGUGGGUCCUCACUGCUGCUCACUGCAUCAGUAGUGGCAGGGAGUACAGAGUGGUCAUGGGAAAGCACAACCUGGUCGAGACAGAGGAGAGUGCUGUGUUCAUGGGCACCGCUAACAUCAUCGUGCACGAGCAGUGGAACGCCUUCUUCAUCCGUAAUGACAUCGCCCUGAUCAAGAUGGCGUCCCCCGUCACCUUCGGCAACAGCAUCAGUGCUGCUUGUGUCCCUGCUGCUGACUCCAUCCUCGCUAACAACUACCCUUGUUACGUCACUGGGUGGGGUCGCCUCUACACUGGAGGUCCCAUUGCUGACAUCCUGCAGCAGGCUCUCCUGCCCGUGGUGGACCACGCCACCUGCACCAAGUCUGACUGGUGGGGCAGUCAGGUGAAGGACACCAUGGUCUGUGCAGGUGGAGAUGGAGUCGUGUCUGGUUGCAACGGAGACUCUGGCGGCCCCUUGAACUGCCAGAACUCUGCUGGUGCCUGGGAGGUUCACGGCAUCGUCAGCUUUGGCUCCGGGCUCAGCUGCAAUUUCCCCAAGAAGCCCACUGUGUUCACCAGAGUCAGCGCCUACAUCGACUGGAUCAACUCUAAAAUGGUGUCCUAUUGA